AGACACUGACGUCACCCAUUCAAAGAACCAGGCAAAGAAACACAUCGACCGGAUCGCUGGACAGGCAAUGCACCGUUUACUUGUCCGACCCAGAAGACCUGUGGACCGGGCAGACCGAGGAGACGGGGGGGGGGGCGGGGACACACCGUCACACGUCAACUAUAAUAAAUACGUAACUAUUCAAAUCGCGCUCGGUGGCUUCCUCAAAUAUUUGGUCAUACCUGUCACAACGACAAAGUGACAGAUUCACGGACGUACUCGCUGCAGAUUUCUGGACAUGGACAUGACUCUGCAGGAUAAACUGACAACAGCCGCAGCGACGGGCAACACGGCUGAGGUGGAGGAUCUCCUGCGGGCAGGAGCUCAAGUUGACGGGGAGAACUGUUUCGGACGAACCCCUCUCCAGGUGAUGAUGAUGGGCAGCACGCCGGUGGCUCGGGUGUUACUGAACCACGGAGCGGCUCCCAACGUGAGGGACCGGAGCACCGGGACCACGCCGCUGCAUGACGCGGCCAGGGCGGGCUUUGUGGACACCGUGCGGCUGCUGGUGAAGUGCGGGGCUGACCCGCAGGCCAGAGACAAUACGAACUAUCAGCCCAUCGAUUUGGCCCGAGAGAACGGCCAUGUGGAUGUGGUGGUCUUUCUUCAGUGUCUGUGAAGUGGGGCAGCGCCUCCGUGCUAUUUUAGUUCUGAUUGGGGUCUCUGAGAAACGGGGCCUGAAGAGGCCUGCUCGUGCCCAAAUGAUGCACAGACUGUUCUGCUGUAAAAACACGUUAUUUAUUUGUCAGAUUAUUUGCUUAUAGGGCGUCUUUAUUUAAUUUCGUAACGAAAUCAGGCUUAUUGAUAGUCUCAGGGUCGCUGUUGUGACACAUAAUUUAUAGCCCACAAUAUUAUACAGAUUUAAAGGAAGCGAUGUGUGUAUUGCGACAUUAACAAAUUAUGUUGCAUGUUGGUUUAUUUCCCCCUGUAUCAUUCAAAUAUGCCUAUAAGAAAUCCAACUUUUUAUAAUGCAGUUUUACUAUAUUGUUCAAGAAUUUGCAUUAAAAAACAUAGGAUUAAUUGUUGGUUUUCGUCAUAAACCAUAUGAGACUGCCGUAUUUUUUAAAUAUAUUUCCAUGUCAAAUAUUUAACUAAAGCCAUUCGAAAUGUUUUGCAAAAGAUACACUGUAAAAAAUAUAUUUAUUCUGCAGAAACUGGAGUCCCACUUCCUGUCUGUACAAAUGAUAUUCAGAACUCGUUUAUUAUGCACUUUAAUAAAAUGUGAGAGUUAGUGUUUUAAGAAGCAGAAGAGAUGCAGGACUAAUUUACUGAAAGGUAUAAGAGACUAUAAAACAAUAAUAAAAUACAAGCGAUCAUUAUUUGACUUUAGGCUACAAAGAACCAAAGUAGAUUUUUGUGUUAACUAAACAUGUUUAGAAAUUACUUAUUAAUGGGUUUCUAUUAUGAGUCAAUAGCUGAACUUUAUGCAUUGCUGUUUAGCAGUUCAAAGGACAAACACGAAAGGAGAGAACAUAUUAAAACACAAACAUGACUCAUUAAACUAUGCAAUGCUUCUAGUUUUGGCAAGUUAGACAUGAGCUCGGUUUAGUUGAAGCUAGCUGUUGUUAUGGCUUCACGAAACCAAAGGGAGGUUUGGCAAUAACUCAUAAGUCCUCAAAAUAAUGAUGGGCAUAUAAAGCUGUUGUUUUGUCUGCAGUCCAGUAUCUUAACUUUACCACAACACUUAUCUUUUAUGUCGACUAUGAAUCAUGUUCACCGAAUGUCAACAGGCUGUUUUUUUGUUGAUUAUUCAAAUCUUUGGCCAAAUUUCAUUAUGACCAAAAUCUCAAAUCUGAACUCAACAGUUCUGUGGACAUUAAUGCACUGUCUGUAUUAUCCUGUCAUUCUUUUCUAAUUAUUAUUCUAUUGCACUUGUUUUAGCAGACACAGGAGUAUUUCACUCUGCAUGUUAUACAUAGCAUUUUGUAUGAAUGUGUGAUUAAAAAAAUCUUAACUGCAAAUGAAAAGAUUCAUUUAAAAUCAGUUCAAGUUGCUUAAAGCAUUUGAAUGUUUUACAAACAUCAAAACACAAAUCACUGUAGUUGUUAUUGAGCCAAUGUUCGCUGCGUAAUGCAUGCAUAUUGUAGAGACAAGCCAACACGUAUUUUAAGAUACGAUGGGAGUGUGAUAUUCAGGU